GCAACAAAUUUAUUUAUUGAUUUGAUUAAUGCAAAUAAACAUAAACGUUAUUUGUUGUAUUCUUCUUCAUUUUUUUGGCAAUGUCAGCUGAAAAGAACCGUAAAGCAUAAAGCGCGAAACGAAACAUAGAAGUAAAAGCAAACACAAAAAUUUUGGUAACGUGACGCAGUCGCAAGCAAAACAAACGCAAAACGCAAAUACAAAAACAAAAACACCAAAAAAAAGGGCUACGUGUGUGUGUAAUUCUGUGUUUGUGUGCGCCUGCUCAACGUGAUCUUCAACCUCCGCUUUGGCCACUGCUUCGUUACCUGAGUUGCGCGAGUCAACUUCAGCCGGCAAUUACUUGGCAGCCUUACGUUAUUUCCGCAACUCUCUCUCCCUUCGUUCUCUCCCGCUCUCUUCGUUUGCUGAGCAAAACAAAAUCGGAAUAAAUGGCCAUGCAAAGAGAAGCAGGCGUGCAGGACUUUGUCCUAUUGGACCAAGUCACCAUAGAGAAGUUCAUGGACAACUUGCGCAAACGCUAUCAGGUUGGCUCCAUUUACACAUACAUCGGUGAGGUGUGCGUCUCGAUGAAUCCCUACAGACAAAUGAACAUCUAUGGCCCGGAGACCAUACGCAAGUACAAGGGUCGCGAGCUGUUCGAGAAUGUGCCGCAUGUGUUUGCUGUCGCAGAUGCUGCAUACAGGGUGCUCAAGCAGCGCCACCAGGACACAUGCAUCUUGAUCUCAGGAGAAUCGGGUGCCGGCAAGACGGAAGCCUCCAAGAUCAUCAUGAAGUAUAUUGCCGCAGUGACGAAUGCACAAGGACAAAAUGAGAUCGAAAGAGUGAAGAACGUGCUCAUACAGAGCAAUGCGAUAUUGGAGACUUUCGGCAAUGCGAAGACGAAUCGCAACGACAACUCUAGCCGAUUUGGAAAGUACAUGGACAUCGAGUUCGACUAUAAGGCCGAUCCCGUGGGCGGCAUUAUAACCAACUAUUUGCUGGAGAAGUCGCGUGUGGUGCAGCAACAGCCAGGGGAGCGAAACUUCCACAGUUUCUAUCAGCUGCUUCGUGGCGCCAAUGACAAUGAGUUGCGACAAUAUGAUCUGUCCAAGGAGACGUCCAAGUAUCAUUAUUUAAACCAAGGCAGCAUGGACAUACUCACCGAGAAGUCCGACUACAAGGGCACAUGCAACGCAUUCAAGACGCUCGGUUUCCAAGCGGAUGAGGUGCAAACCAUUUGGCGUACAAUUGCCUCCAUUUUGCAUUUGGGCAAUGUGGAGUUCCAAACCAUUGAGGAAGAGUUGGUGAUCACCAACAAGUCGCAUUUGCAAUCAGCUGCAAAGAUGUUGCAAGUGACCGAAGCCGAGCUAUUGACGGCAUUGACUGAACGCACAAUCGCAGCCGGUGGCAAUGUGAUGAAGAAGGAUCACAAUGCCACACAGGCGGAGUAUGGCAAGGAUGCGCUGGCUAAGGCCAUCUACGAUCGUCUCUUCACGUGGAUUAUAUCACGCAUCAAUCGUGCCAUACUCUUCCGUGGCAGCAAGAGCCAAGCGAGAUUCAACUCAGUGAUUGGCGUACUGGAUAUUUAUGGCUUUGAGAUCUUCGAUUCCAAUAGCUUUGAGCAGUUCUGCAUUAACUACUGCAACGAGAAGCUGCAACAGCUGUUCAUAGAGCUUGUGUUGAAGCAGGAGCAGGAGGAAUAUCAGCGCGAGGGCAUCGAAUGGACCAACAUUGAGUACUUCAACAACAAAAUCAUUUGCGAUUUGGUUGAGCAGCCUCAUAAGGGCAUCAUUGCCAUCAUGGACGAGGCCUGUUUGACUGUUGGAAAUGUCACCGAUGAAACCUUACUAGGCGCCAUGGACAAGAGUUUGAGCAAGCAUCCUCAUUACACGAGCCGCCAGCUGAAGCCAACGGACAAGGAAUUGAAGCAUCGCGAAGAUUUCCGCGUCACCCACUAUGCUGGUGAUGUCAUCUACAACAUUAAGGGCUUUAUAGAGAAGAACAAGGACACGUUGUAUCAGGACUUUAAGCGCCUGCUGCGCAACUCCAAGGAUGCCAACCUGAGCGAAAUGUGGCCGGAAGGUGCGCAGGAUAUAAAGAAGACCACGAAACGUCCUCUGACUGCUGGCACACUUUUCCAGCGUUCGAUGGCGGAUCUGGUGGCUACGCUGCUAAAGAAGGAGCCCUUCUACGUGCGCUGCAUCAAGCCGAAUGAUCUUAAGAGUUCUACAGUAUUCGAUGAGGAACGUGUGCAGCAUCAGGUGCGCUAUUUGGGCUUGCUGGAGAAUGUGCGAGUUCGUCGAGCCGGCUUUGUUCACCGUCAGCGCUACGAUAAAUUCCUGCUACGCUACAAAAUGAUCUCGCAGUACACGUGGCCCAACUUCCACGCGGGCAGCGAACGCGACGGAGUUCGAGUGCUAAUCGAGGAGAAGGGCUUUGCACAGGACGUGAAGUAUGGACAUACAAAGAUCUUUAUUCGCUCUCCACGCACUCUCUUCGCCUUGGAGCAGCAGCGCAAUGAGAUGAUACCGCACAUUGUGACCUUGCUGCAGAAGCAAGUGCGUGGCUGGAUAGCCCGCAAAAACUAUAAGAAGAUAAAGGCCGCGCGAACCAUAAUGCAUGCUUACAAGACCUACAAGCUGCGCAGCUACAUCCAGGAGCUGGCCAAUCGCUUCCGCGUUGCGAAACAGCAGCGCGACUAUGGACGCAGCAUUCAGUGGCCCCAACCACCGCUCGCCGGUCGAAAUGCCGAGGCCAAGCUUCACCGGAUAUUUGACUUUUGGCGUGCCUACAUGAUACUGCGCAAAUAUCCACGCAGUGAAUGGCCGCAGCUGCGACUGCAAAUCAUUGCGGCCACAGCGAUUGCGGGACGACGUCCAUACUGGGGCCAGCAGCGCAAGUGGCUGGGCGAUUAUUUGGCUAACUCGCAGGACAACAGCGGCUACGAUGCCUACACUGCUAAUGUGCAGAAUAUGAAGAACGGGGAGAACUUCCGACAGGUGCUCUUCUCCAGCUUCGCCAAGAAGUUCAACAGGCGCAACAAACAGGCGGAUCGCGCAUUCAUUGUGACCGAUACAAACAUCUCCAAGUUGGAUGGCAUCAAGAAGAAGUUCAAGGAUAUGCAGCGUUCCAUGGCCAUCAGAGAGCUGACUUCCAUAAGCAUAACACCUGGCCGCGAUCAGCUAAUUGUCUUCCACUCACCGAAAAACAACGAUUUGGUCUUUGCACUACAAAGCGAAAUAUGCACGCCCCUGAAGGAGGAUCGCAUUGGUGAAUUAGUAGGCAUUGUAUGCAAGAAGUACCACGACAUCACCGGCACGGAGCUGCGCGUAAAUGUGGGCAGCAACAUUGCCUGCCGGCUGGGCGAGAAGGCGCGCACAAUUGUUGUCGAGGCGGCAUCCAAUGUGGAGGUUCCCAAUUUCAGACAUUCCGCUGGCAACAUCAUCUUCGAGGUACCCGCCUCGUAUUGCGUUUAGUAAGCACAUUUGGCGAGCUCCCUAGAGCAUACAAUGUAAAUUUAUUAGUAAGCGAGUUAGCUUAAGAGUCUGUUACCUUUGAAUUACUCCACAAACCUGUGCAUGCUGUGCCUUCUGUAAGCAAUACGUAGUACUAGCACUCCGUUUUCUAUGUGUUGAAUGUUUUGGUGCUAACUGAGAAUCACCGAGAAAGGCGCUGGUAUUGGCAAGAUAAUUGUCAAUGAUUUGUACAUUUUGCUAUUAAUAUUUAUAUCAACUCCGGGAAGCUGGUUGAGCCGGCUUCCAAUGGAAAGUAUUAAAUGUACUCUGUGCAUUUGUUAACUUUAGAUUUUAACCAAUUCUUAUACGAUAUAAAUGUUUAUAUUAAAAGAAAACAAAGCCAAUUCUUUAAUGAAAUAUAAAAAUAUAUUUAAUC